GUGAGUAGGGCGGGGAUUCUGUUGUUUGGUUACUGUUAAGUAAAAAGUUACACAAGCAAAAGAGUGGGUUUGGUAAUGUGCAUUAUAUAUCCGCGACAUCGUAUUCUUAGCCCAUACUCGUAGCCGGGGAUUAGACCAGACUUUUUUGUUUUACAAAUAGUCAUUCAUUUAUGCAGGAAAGACAUUUGUCCAAAACAGGUUUGCCUGUCUUUUCCACGGACAAAACGCGGGAUGUUGUGUAAUGAUAGCAAGGUUUUUUUUUCUGUCAAUUUAUUAUAAAAGGAAUUUGAUUUGAGUUUUUGAGAACUUGGAAUCGGGAGUUUAUUAUUUUUUUAAGUAAUACUUGAUGUCAGCAUGUUUCGUUCAAUAAAAUAGCAAAAGCCAGAAACAGCCUUUCUCCUGUACGUGCGUGGUCUGGCACGUUGUAUUCUCGAAAACGGAUUGAUUUGUAGACCUCUGGUGCGAGAUGGAUUUGAGCGCUGUGGUUUUAACCGUGGGAGGCUCCGUGGGGGUUUUCAGACUCGUUAAUAAUGGACUGGCAAAGUUGCCCAUUCCAGAAACAGCUCGCCGAAACACAUGGAAAUGGAGGAACAUCUCGACGUCUUUCAUUCACAGCUUGAUUACGGGAAUCUGGGCUGUGCUUUGUUUCUGUCUACACCCUGAGAUGGCUGAAGAUUUGAUCUCCACCCAUUCCAGUUUCUCUCAUGCGCUGGUGUCGAUAUCCAUAGGCUACUUCAUCUAUGACUUCUUUGACAUGGUCUUGUAUCAGAAGCUACACCAGUCCUGGGAGCUCCUUUUUCACCACAUGGUGGUGAUCAUGUGCUUCGGGACCUCUGUGCUGACAUGCCACUAUGUGGGCUUUUCAGUGGUGGCCCUGCUGGUGGAGAUCAACUCCAUCUUCCUGCACCUGCGGCAGAUGCUCCUGAUGGCCAGCCUGUCCAAGACCACCCUGUACCGGCUCAACAGCAUGGUCAACCUGGGCACCUACAUGGUGUUCCGCAUCAGCACGCUAGCCUGGAUGACACGCUGGCUGGUGAUCAACCGCGACAACGUGCCUCUGCUCAGCUACACCAUGGGCAGCGUGGGCAUGGCCAUCAUGACCGCCAUGAACAUCGUGCUCUUCUACCGUUUGCUGCGCAGUGAUUUCCUCAAAUCAAGCCGCGAAACCAAGAAGGAGAAAGAAAAGUAGGAUUGGCCUAAAAGCUCUUCCAUGAUCUGGCUGCACUCAUCAUUUUAGGACUCUCAGUUUCUCAAGUAAUCAGGGCAACCACAAAUUCACAAAAGCAAGCUCAAUCCGUCAAAAAUAAAGAGGAACUUUCAUAUUGCAUUGUGCUCCUGCUGCUGGUUGCAAAGAGGUCGGGCUUUAUUUUCAAUGUGGCAUUUCAGACUGGAAUUAGGUUGUGCUUUCUGGUUCAGUAGGGAGGUAGCCAGGGCUUCUGCGUUUUUUUUUAAGCUUGAAAUUAACUAAGAAGUGAGAGGAAGAUUCUCUGUCCAGAUUCUCAGUCUCCACCACCAAUCUGGAACGGAGAACUGGCUGAAACAGGAGAUUGUUUUUCUUGGAAUAUACAACUGCUUUCCAAAGUACCUUCUUGCCCGAUCCAGUCAAAAUGCCUGCUGUUGGGCUUGACAUCUUUUAAGAUACCUAAAGAUUGCAGGAUGGCGAUUGUGAUUGUGGUACAACUGUACUAGCUUUUCCUUAAAAAAACAAAAGCCCAGAAGGAUUACUUUGUCCUUGGCCUGUUGACUUCCACUCACCUCUGCUCGAGAGUAGGUGCUAGCUCAGACUUCAUGUUGCCACUACAGGUGAGGACUUUUCAUCUCAACUGGGUGACGGUACCUAAUCACUGCCUCACCAGUAACAUCAGCUUUCAGUAAGUAAAAGUGAGCCAUUUCUCAGACUAAUGCUUUAAAAGGAGACCUUGGUUGCUCUGUGAUCUCAUCCUCUGCUACCUCAGAAACCUGUAGCAGUUAUUUUCUGGCAUAGAUCUCUUGCUGUGAGUGUGGUGGGCAGUUUGUGUAUUGUGCACUGUAGAAUGAACUGCACAGAAAAGUAGCAAACUUGUCAGCAAAAGCAACUUCGUAUUGAAACCCUUAGUUCCCUCUCUGCCACUGCCAUCCUUCCAGUGGAGUUUAGGUGCCCACAGAAAGCCCCCUCCAGACUGUAUCUUUACUGUAUACUGUGGCGUUCCUGAAACCAGGGGAUUCAUGUAUUUGAUGCCGCUCAGUCUCAGGUGAUGAAUACUCCUGUAGUAGCUGCUGUCUGCAAUGAAAGGGGAGAGGAAAACAAAGAGGAUUCCAUCUAAAACCUUGUCUGCACAGAGUGACAAGCAACCAUGAACCAGUGUGCUCUGCAUUGAGAGGUUUUCUUUUUCUGCCAGAGGUGAAAUCGACUGAUCGUGUCCUCAGUCUUUUUUUGUCGGCGUUAUUUUUGCCUGUAAUAAUCGGUAAAGACAAGCCUGGUGUUUGCCCUGCUUUCUCACUGUGACAAUGAAUACAAGUACUAGAUGGAACAGAAUCAAUCCUUACUGGCAUUGCAGUAAACACAGUGUUUUGCAGAGAUGCACACUUGUAUACGCAUUCACACAACGACCUCAGAUUAGCUACAACCAAGGUUGUCACUUCAGGAUUAAAACCUACUGGAUUCAAUAACUCAUGUAACAUACUCUGAAAUUUUAUAAUGAAGAUUUUUUUAAAGAGUUUUUGUUAUGUAAAUAGGUAUUUUUGGGUACUGUUAGCAGAUCAACAUUAUGGCAAAACAGAAAACGAUAUAAAGUUGUUUUUUAAGUACCUGUUUUAAUUAUUUUUUGCUAUUUGAAGGGUCACGUGCUUUAUCUAAAAAUCGAAACCAGAAAAUGAAUUGUGAUGUAUCCUGUCAGUGGUUGCCCUGUGUGUUGUGCUCUUAUUUUGCAGUUUCAAAAUUAUUUGAAUUUCACGUGUUUCGGGGCCUGGAUAUCUUUGAUGUCUCACACAUUCUGAAUAUUAAUGGGUAAAAUGCAACUGUCUUUAACUCCUCUUUACUUUAAUUCGCUCUUGCAAGAAAAAGAAUAUUUCUGGCUUCCUUUUUGUAAAAAAGCAAGUCUGAACUCUGGGGUGUAGGGGCUAUAAAACCCUGCAAGCUUAACAUUUUCCAUGGCAGUAAUCGUAGACGUCAAACGUCUGGCCAUCGGAGUGCUUGUUCUCAGUCUCUGACACCUUGACCCGUGAGCCCUAAGAUAUCAGCCAGGACUAAGGAUUCAGCCUCACUUCUUCUUCACUAAAUCGGAUUUGUGAAUCUAGAGCAGGAAUAGACCCUUACGCUAGCUGUGUUGAGCUACUCUUUAAAUCUCAUACAGGGGUCCGCAAUCCCGAAGGUGUUGUAGGUGUCUCUAAAUUAUCAACGCCUUAAGACUAGACUCCUGGAGGGCCAGUGUGUCUGCAGAUUUUCCAGUCUCUUUAAAGAAACUGGUUAAAUUGUUCCAAUAAAGCCAGUGAUGAGCAGCUUCAGGCUGGUUUCGAGCACUUAACAUUGUGAAGAAAAGAUCCGUUUUGCAUUUAUAGUUGCAUUUAUACCUUAAAAGAAGGAAAGUUGUGUUUUUUUUUAAAUAGAAAAGAAUAUGUGGCUAUUUGCAUAUUACUUGAUCGAUAAGGUGACUCUCUGGCCUCAUAGUUUCUUGGAAGUUUGAUUAAUUCAGGUUGUCUGGAAUCGGUUUGGGAAAGGUUAAUUUAUCAAAUAAAAAUAUUUUUCUUUGUGCAUUCUAAAAAGACUGUUGUGUUUGAUCAUAUGCUCUUCUUCACGACAGACGUUCUGUCCACUUGCAAUGAAAACUGCGGACAUGCUGGUCCACCUGGACCCAGACUGGAGUUCCCCAUCUUCUCCUCCAUUAACUGCUCCAUUCGCAGAGGGUGUCUGGUUGUGUCACUCUUAGAAUAUGAGUCUUGUGUCUGGGGUGUCCCCAUGUUUUAUAGAGAAAUUGCACUUCUUCUCUGUCUACUCUGUCACUGUCAGCAGUAAAGCACCCCGAAACUGAGUGAGUCAAUGUGGAGAACGAGAGACCCCAGUCCCAGUGAGAAAAGGUAUCCUCAGUCCCAGCUGGAUCCAUUUCAGUACUUGAGGCCGGCUGGGUUCUGUUAUUCUCACUGUACAUUGGACCUUUUGUGUUUUAAAGGUGGAAUCGGCAGCUUAAACACACUCAUGCUGGAAUAGCCAGGUGUCUUCUUGACUCUGAAACUAGUGUAGUCCUGGCCAUUCAUCCAUUCAUCCAUCUGUUCACCCAUUCAUCCAACCAGCUAUUCAUCCAGUCACAAAUUUAUCCACCUGUUCACCCAUUCAUCCCCUCAUUCACCCAACCAUCCACCCUUUUUCAAUCUGCUCAUCCUGGAGAGGGUCACAGCAACAGAGUCAUUCAGCAAGGGGUGGUGAUGGAAAGCUGGUUCCCAUUGCAUAGCGAUUUAGUCCGUGCCAUGUUUUGGGAACCGUGUGCUCUUGGUAAUGGUGUAUUUAUGAAGCACAAUAACAAACAGGUUUUAUCUUCUCACUUGUAUUGCACAUGUAUUCAAGGCGUAAGGACGCGUCCUGUGGAGUAUUCAGCACCUGGUGAUGCCCGAUUCACAGCUAUUCAAACAAGCUGUGCACUGGGAGUCCUGAUUCCCAUCCUUUAUGUGGAAAGUAGGGAAACCCUUGAAUUUAAAACCUCUGUUGGGUGAGGACCUGGCAUUUCAACAGUUAAAAGACUGAAAGACUCUGUGACUUGCGAACUUGACAUGGGUUUUGUUGCGGCGUAGUCUAACGUCAAUCAGAAUCUCUGUGCUUUGCUGUUGUAGUGGAAACUUGUAUGGACUGUGCUGUCCUGUACUGUGCUGAAAGAAGAGUAUAAAAGGGUCUUGCUUGAAUCGGCAGUGUAGCAGUACCCAGUCAGAGCGCAGUGGUGAUACACUAGUUUGUCUGUAAUGAAGGAUUCAUGUUCAAGUCCUUAACUAGUUCUUUACUCUUGGUGUGGUUUACAUGAACCCUAAGCAUUGAUCUAGUGCACUACAGUGUUUUAAUGCCUCUUCCAGCUUUGUUGCUGUUAACCAUGUAGUUGAAAGUUUGAAGAUGAAACAAUAUUUUGAUGAAGGCGUUAAUUAGAGUGACAGUAUUAUGUACGUACGUAAUCGAUACUGUAACGGCAGAGUGACUUUUUCUGUUUAAUACCAUGAUACUACACUGAUCGCCCUUUCUUUUCACAGUUUAUACAGCAUUUCUUGUGCUUUAAAAGUCAGCAUCGAUUUGAUAACUGACUUCUUAAUGUGGCUAUGUUAACUCGUGGUGUGAAAUGGUUUAAAAUAUGUCUCUUUUAAACACGUACUCGUUGUCACCAAUAUCUUCUAAAAAUGUGUCCUUUGGUGUUAAAUCAAUUUGGGGAAAUGGGGGAAAAAACUGUAAAAUAUUAGCAAUUAUAGUAAUAUGAAAAAAUAAGUUAUUGUAAUAAAUUUACACUGGUAAAGAAUUAUGAAAGUGAACCUGGACGAACACGAUUUAUAGAACAUUCUGCUGUAUUAAUUAGAAUGUUGUAGAACUGUCCGUUACCAAACGGCUUCACCUGUAAGUUUGGAGAUGGAUGUCUCGUUGCUUACGUUUUGUGAUCGUGCAGUUAUUUUUUAUACAAUCUUGUGUAAAUUGUACAUAGUGUACUAAUUUUAUUUUAUAUUAAUAAAUGACGUAAAUGACGUUUUUGUAAUUAAUUAAAAUGUAAUGAUCUUCUAAUGUGUCAUGUCUGUAUAUGGAAACCAUGACUGUUUAAUGUCACGAAAUAAAGCUAUUUCAACCAAA